AUGCAUCUACUUCUACAACUAAUUGUUUUAUUUCUGGCCUUCAACUCUCACGAGUAUAAACCUGUAGAAGCAUAUGUGCUACCUUACUCUUCUCUUGCUAUUCCAAUAAAUAAACAUACAGAUGCUGCUAAGCCUCUCUAUAGCUUGCAGAUCAUGACAUCAUAUCUAAUGAUGGGUUUUGUGACCACAAACUACCUUAUAGACCUUGAUGCUCCAUUCAUAUGGCAUGACUGCAUCGUGCAAUCCAACACAAGUUUAUUCAGUUGCCCAGCCAACAAGCUUUGCGCCUACCCUGUAUCGUGUGAAGAUGGUCAAUGCACGGAUUUUAGAACUACUUAUGCAUAUGAGAAUCCUUCCUGUGCUCCAGUAACCAACAGAUCAAUGGUACCAGGUUGGUACCCAUGUACAUGCCCGAUUAACGUGGUCAACCCUCUUACUGGAUCAUGCAGCAAAGCCCUGCUCAAUAUUGAUGAUUUCACAGUGCAGACAAGCAAUGGUAGAAAUAUUUUAACUCCUUAUUAUGGUAUCGUACCCUAUGCUGCAUGUGCUCCUUCUUCGUCAUUUCAAUCCUUUCCAGCAAAUGUUUCUGGUGUCAUGGCACUUUCAACCUCUCCUUACGCGUUGCCAGCUCGUUUACGUGACCCGCUUAAAGGAGUAAUGGCUCUAUGUUUGCCAAGCACAUUGUCUGCCCCUGGUGUCCUUUUAUAUGGAAAUGGGCCUUACUAUUUUCUUCCAAACUCGGAUAUUGAUGUAAUGAGUUUCCUUUCUUAUACUCCGUUAAUACAACAUCCGGAUUCAUACGGAUACUUUGUCGGUAUUCAUGCCAUUAUAAUUAAGAAGAGAUCUAUCGACAUUCCUAUGAAUAGCACUACCAAGCUUAGUACAAUUGACCCGUACACUACUCUUAGAACUGACAUUUAUAAGAGCGUCAUUAGGAGGUUUUCAAAGGUUACAAAACGAAUCCCUCCUGCAGAGCCUGUGGCUCCAUUUGGGCUUUGUUUCAACACCUCCACCAAUGGUGACCAGGUUAGUCUAAAAGUUCCUGAUAUACAUUUCGUUCUCCAGGGUGGGAAGAGUUGGACUAUAUCCACAUCUAACUCCAUUAAACAAAUAACAAAAGUUGUGGCAUGUCUAGCAUUUGUUGAUGGUGGUGCAGCAAGUGAUAUUGCAAUCGUGAUUGGGACUUUUCAGUUCGAGGAUAACUUUCUGCUUUUUGAUCAUAUAAAUUCGACAUUAGGGUUCAGUUCUUCGUUGUUAGGCAAGCAAACUUCCUGCUCAAAUUUCAACUUUAUGGUUACUGAUAGCAAUUGA